CCUGGACUAGGCGGAGGGGCAGUCCCAGAACCUGGCCUUGUAGCUUCUCCCCUCCAAUUCCCUCCUCUCCAUCAGCUGAAGAAAAGGAUAGUCUGGGCCAUGAGGCUGUCCCCACUCCUGGCUUUUAUCUCUGUCAUCCCGGUUGCUGUUCAGCUGCUAGAUACGAGGCACUUUUUAAUCUAUAAUGAAGAUCACAAGCGCUGUGUGGAAGCGAUCACUCCCAGUUCAGUUCAAACAGCAGUUUGCAACCCUGCAGCUGAGUCCCAGAAAUUCCGAUGGGUGUCGGAGUCGCAGGUCAUGAGUGUGGCUUUCAAACUAUGCUUGGGGGUGCCGUCCAAAACAGAUUGGGUCUCUAUCACCCUGUAUGCCUGUGAUACCAAAAGUGAAUUUCAGAAAUGGGAAUGCAAAAAUGACACUCUCUUUGGAAUCAAGGAUGAAGAUUUAUUUUUUAAUUAUGGCAACAGACAAGAAAAGAACAUCAUGCUCUACAAAGGGUCUGGCUUGUGGAGCAGGUGGAAGGUCUACGGGACCACAGAUGACUUAUGUUCUAGGGGUUAUGAAGCCAUGUACUCGUUACUGGGCAAUGCAAAUGGAGCCAUCUGUGCAUUUCCAUUCAAGUUUGAAAACAAGUGGUAUGCAGACUGCACCAGCGCUGGGCGGUCGGAUGGAUGGCUGUGGUGUGGAACCACUGCAGACUAUGACACUGACAAACUGUUUGGAUUUUGCCCAUUGAAAUUUGAGGGCAGUGAGAGGUUAUGGAAUAAAGACCCGUUGACCAGCAUUCUUUACCAGAUAAACUCCAAGUCCGCCUUAACUUGGUCUCAGGCAAGGAAGAGCUGCCAGCAGCAGGAUGCGGAGCUCUUGAGUAUCACAGAGAUUCAUGAGCAAACAUACCUGACAGGCUUGACCAGUUCCUUGACCUCAGGACUCUGGAUUGGACUUAACAGUUUGAGUUUCAACAGUGGUUGGCAGUGGAGUGGAGGCAGCCCGUUCCGAUAUCUGAACUGGCUCCCAGGAAGUCCAUCAUCAGAACCUGGAAAGAGCUGUGUGUCACUAAACCCUGGAAAAAAUGCUAAAUGGGAAAAUCUGGAGUGUAUUCAGAAACUAGGUUAUAUUUGCAAAAAGGGCAACAAUACUUUGAAUCCUUUUAUCAUUCCCUCAGAAAGUGAUGUGCCUACUGGCUGUCCCAAUCACUGGUGGCCAUAUGCAGGCCACUGCUACAAGAUCCACAGAGAAGAGAAAAAGAUCCAGAAAUAUGCUUUGCAAGCAUGCCGGAAGGAAGGGGGUGACCUAGCAAGUAUCCACAGCAUUGAGGAAUUUGACUUCAUCUUCUCCCAGCUAGGAUAUGAACCAAAUGAUGAGCUGUGGAUUGGCUUAAAUGACAUCAAGAUUCAAAUGUACUUUGAGUGGAGUGAUGGGACCCCUGUGACCUUUACCAAAUGGCUUCGUGGAGAGCCAAGUCAUGAGAACAACAGGCAGGAGGACUGCGUGGUGAUGAAAGGCAAGGAUGGGUACUGGGCAGACAGAGCCUGUGAACAACCGCUUGGUUACAUUUGCAAGAUGAAAUCACAAGCCCAGGCUCCACAACCAGAGGAGGCAGAAAGAGGCUGCAGGAAAGGCUGGAAAAGGCAUGGUUUUCACUGCUACUUGAUUGGACACACACCUGCAGCAUUUGCAGAUGCAAAUCAAACAUGCGUUAAUGAGAAAGCUUAUUUAACAACUGUUGAAGACAGAUAUGAACAAGCAUUCCUGACUAGUUUGGUUGGAUUGAGGCCUGAAAAAUAUUUUUGGAUAGGACUUUCAGAUGUACAAAACAAAGGGACAUUUCAGUGGACUGUGGAGGAGCAGGUGCAGUUCACCCACUGGAAUGUAGAGAUGCCAGGACGAAAGGCAGGGUGUGUUGCCAUGAAAACUGGGAUUGCAGGAGGCUUAUGGGAUGUUUUAAAAUGUGAUGAAAAGGCAAAGUUUGUGUGCAAGCACUGGGCAGAAGGAGUAACUCGCCCCCCAGAGCCCCCAACAACUCCUGAGCCCAAAUGUCCUGAAGACUGGGGCACCACCAGUAAAACCAGUUUGUGUUUCAAGCUGUAUGCAAAAGGAAAACAUGAGAAGAAAACAUGGUUUGAAUCUCGAGAUUUUUGCCGAGCUCUGGGUGGAGAGCUAGCAAGUAUCAAUAAUAAAGACGAACAGCAAGCAAUAUGGCGCUUAAUAACAGCCAGUGGAAACUACCAUGAGCUGUUCUGGUUGGGACUGACCUAUGGAAGUCCUUCAGAGGGGUUCACCUGGAGUGAUGGUUCUCCCGUGUCUUAUGAAAAUUGGGCUUAUGGGGAGCCGAAUAAUUACCAAAAUGUGGAAUACUGUGGUGAGAUGAAAGGUGACCCUGGCAUGUCCUGGAAUGAUAUUAACUGUGAACACCUGAACAACUGGAUUUGUCAGAUACAAAAAGGAAAAACACUACUACCUGAGCCCACACCAGCUUCUCAUGACAAUCCACCAGUUACUGCAGAUGGGUGGGUUAUUUACAAAGACUACCAGUAUUAUUUUAGCAAAGAGAAGGAAACAAUGGACAAUGCACGAGCAUUUUGCAAGAAGAAUUUUGGUGAUCUUGUUACUAUUAAAAAUGAAAGUGAAAAGAAGUUUCUGUGGAAAUAUAUAAACAGAAACGGUGGACAGACACCAUAUUUUAUUGGUUUGUUGAUCAGCUUGGAUAAGAAGUUUAUUUGGAUGGAUGGAAGCAAAGUGGAUUAUGUGGCUUGGGCCACAGGUGAACCGAAUUUUGCAAAUGAUGAUGAAAACUGCGUAACUAUGUAUACAAAUUCAGGGUUCUGGAAUGACAUCAACUGUGGGUAUCCAAACAACUUCAUCUGCCAGAGGCAUAACAGCAGCAUCAACGCCACAGCCAUGCCCACCUCGCCCCCCAGCCCAGGCGGCUGCAAGGAAGGCUGGAACUUGUACAACAACAAGUGUUUCAAAAUUUUUGGAUUUGCUGAAGAAGAAAGAAAAAACUGGAAGGAGGCACGAACGUCUUGCAUGGGGCUUAAAGGAAACCUGGCGUCCAUACAAAAUGCGAAAGAGCAAGCAUUUAUUACCUAUCAUAUGAAGGACUCUACUUUUAAUGCCUGGAUUGGGCUGAAUGAUAUCAAUUCAGAGCACACAUUCCUCUGGACAGCUGGGCAAGGAGUUCAUUAUACAAACUGGGGGAAGGGCUUCCCAGGAGGCAGAAGAAGCAGCCUGUCUUAUGAAGAUGCUGAUUGUGUUGUUCUUAUUGGAGGCAAGUCACGGGAUGCAGGGAUGUGGAUGGAUGAUACCUGUGACGGUAAACGAGGCUAUAUAUGCCAGACACCACCUGACCCUUCCUUGCCUGUUUCUCCAACCGUGGCUCCAACAGAUAGCUUUGUUAAAUAUGGUAAAAGCAGUUAUUCCCUCAUAAAAUCAAAGUUACCAUGGCACGAAGCAGAGAAAUAUUGCAAAGAUCAUGCAUCCCUGCUUGCUAGCAUUCUAGACCCCUAUAGUAAUGCAUUUGCUUGGAUGAAUAUGCACCCAUUGAAUGUGCCGAUGUGGAUCGCCCUGAACAGUAACUUGACCAAUAACGAGUACACUUGGACUGAUAAGUGGAGGAUGAGGUAUGCUAACUGGGCUGCUGACGAGCCCAGGCUGAAGUCGGCGUGUGUUUACAUGGAUGUUGAUGGCUACUGGAAGACCUCAUACUGCAAUGAAAGUUUUUAUUUUCUCUGCAAAAGAUCAGAUGAAAUUCCUGCUACUGAGCCUCCACAACUGCCUGGCAAGUGUCCUGAGUCAGAGCAGACUGCCUGGAUUCCUUUCCAUGGUCACUGUUACUAUAUUGAGUCUUCAUUCACAAGGAACUGGGGCCAAGCUUCUCUAGAAUGCCUUCGAAUGGGUGCCUCCCUGGCUUCCAUUGAAAGUGCUGCUGAAUCCAGUUUUUUGUCGUAUCGGGUUGAACCUCUUAAAAGUAAAACCAAUUUUUGGAUAGGCAUGUUCAGAAAUGUUGAAGGAAAGUGGCUUUGGUUAAACAGCAACCCCGUCUCCUUUGUCAACUGGAACACAGGCGAUCCCUCUGGUGAACGAAAUGAUUGUGUAGUUUUAGCUUCCUCUUCUGGGUUUUGGAAAAAUAUCCACUGUACUUCCUACAAAGGAUUUAUUUGUAAAAUGCCAAAAAUUGUUGACCCUGAAACUACUCAUGCAUCAGUUACAACUAAAGUUGACUCAAGGAAGAUGGACCCUUCCAAGCGGGCUUCCAGAGCGCCUGUUGUAGUGGUUGUGGUUCUCCUGAUUCUGGCGGGUGCUGGUGUUGCUGCUUAUUUCUUUUAUAAGAAGAGACGUGUGCUGCAUGUGCCUCAAGAGGCCACUUUUGAGAACACUCUCUACUUUAACAGUCAUUCGAGUCCAGGACCAAGCGACACGAAAGAUCUCAUGGGCAACAUUGAGCAGAAUGAGCAUGCAGUCAUCUAGCGCCAUCAUGCCAGUGUCUUGUAUUUGAAUCUCAUAAAGUUUUAAAUUUGUUAAUUCAAUGUGAUUUUUUCUGUUAAAAAUUAGUACUGGGUUGCACCGGUCUGUUCUUUUUCUUUGCCUAAUUGAAACAAUAAUUGCUCAUUUUCUAGCCUGGAAAUAUUUUUUUUAUAAAAAGAUAAUAAUGCUGAUGACCACUAUUUUCUGUGAACACACACCACUACAAUGUCAGCGUUACGGAAACGGUGGUAGUUCACUCAUGUCAGAUUACAAGAGCUCCAGAAAUGACCAGCUAAGGCUCUUGGGAUAAUUUAAGAACCUUCUAAAAAUAUGUCAUGUACUAAAUCUUAAUUCAACAAUUAGAAGACCAUUUCCAAGAUAAGCACCAAUAACCUCAGGUGGAAUAAAAUGUACUCUUUUUUUAUCCAUCUUUUAUUUCACCCCAAUUAUUGAGAACUGUAUUUAUCCACAUGUAGGAUAAGGAUGCCGGGAAUCUUGUUUCCCCAAGUAAGGUCUGACAGGCUGAAUGCUCCAGAUGUGUUCUUUGAUGUGUUAUAUGUAUAUCAGAAAGGGACCCUGUGAAAUAGAACUGUAAAUUUACAAACUGGAUGUACGUACAUAAUGUGAAAUAAACAUUAAAGACAACAUCUAUUUUU